AUGUUCUGUGUCUCCUCAGGGCGUAUCCUGGACCUGAAGACAGGAACAGUGAAGAAAGAGGGGCAACAGUCGUCUAUGAGGAUGUGCAUGGGCUCCAGACGAUCCUUCAUCUGCAGAAUGAGAUGUGGCAGCACCCCACUGGACCACAUCUCUCUCAACCGACUGUCCAACAUGAGGAAGAGAUACAGGAACGGUCUGGGACCCUCGAAGGAGGGAGAGGAUCAGUACUCUGUGGUGCACUGUACCGGCUACAUCAAAGCAUGGCCCCCAGCAGGUAUGACCAUACCAGAAGAAGACACAGAGGCAGGACAGACCAGUAAAUACUGCCUUGUAGCCAUCGGAAGACUGCAGGUGACCAGCUCUCCCGUUUCCAUGGAUAUGAACGGCCUGACGGUUCCCACGGAGUUCCUGUCGCGCCACAACUCCGACGGCAUCAUCACUUUCGUGGACCCGCGGUGCAUCAACGUGAUUGGAUACCAGCCUCAGGAUCUGCUGGGGAAAGACAUCCUGGAGUUCUGUCACCCAGAGGACCAGAGUCACCUGAGAGAGAGCUUUCAACAGGUGGUAAAGUUGAAAGGCCAGGUGCUGUCUGUAAUGUACAGGUUUCGUAUGAAGAACAGAGAGUGGAUGUUAAUCCGCACCAGCUCCUUCACCUUCCAGAACCCCUACUCCGAUGAGAUCGAGUACAUCAUCUGUACCAACACCAACGUCAAGCAGCUCCAACAGCAGCAGCAGGCAGAGCUGGAGGUCCAUCAGAGAGACGGCCUGACAGCCUACGACCUAUCACAGGUGCCCGUUCCCAGUGUGGGAGGAGGGGUUCACGAGGCGGGAAAGAACACUGACAAGACGGACACCAUGUUCUCACAAGAGAGAGACCCACGCUUUGCUGACAUGUACUCCGGCAUCUCUGGCUCUGGUGAGAAGAAGAUGAUGGUUCCUUCGUCUACAGCGGGAGGUCAGCAGCUCUACUCCCAGAACUCUCCCUUCCAGCCCGGACACUCUGCCAAGAGCUUCAGCUCCUCAGUGAUCCAUGUCCCAGGGGUGAACGAUAUCCAGCCGUCGGGAUCGUCCAAUCAGAACCUAGCUCAGAUCUCCAGACAGCUCAACCCAGGACAGGUGGCCUGGACUGGCAACAGACCCCCGUUCUCUGGCCAGUCCACUAAGGCCCAGUCCAGUCCGUUUGGGAUAGGCUCCGGCCACAGUUACCAAGGAGACCCAUCUUCCUAUAGCCCCCUGUCCUCCCCUGCCACCUCAUCGCCCAGCGGCAAUGCCUACUCUGGACUGGCCAACCGGAGCACGGCGUUCGAUGUGUCAGGAGAGGGCAGUCAGAGUGGGGGUCAGUUUCAGGGUCGGCCCAGUGAGGUCUGGUCCCAAUGGCAGAACCAGCACCAUGGCCAACAGGGAGGAGAGCCACACUCUCACAACCCCUCCCAGACAGAGGUGUUCCAGGACAUGUUGCCGAUGGCAGGAGACCCAACACAAGGAACAGCCAACUACAACAUUGAAGACUUUGCUGAUCUGGGCAUGUUCCCUCCCUUCUCUGAGUAGAACCCUUUAACGUUCUAUCAAUGGAACACUGCUCUGUUCUUCCACUAGAACCCUCUGAUAGAGGAAAAGGAAUCGAACACAAUGUGCUGGUUCCUUCAUG